AUGGCUGAAUUAAUUGAAAAUUCACAAGAAAUACCAGAUGACGAGUGCCCAUGGCCGCACCUGGAGGAGUUGUUCACAUACAGAGGAAGGAAAGGAGACAGCGUGCAGAUGCAAUGCAAACUCUGUUUGCCAUCUGCAGUGAUUUCGGCUUACAAGACUUCAGCCUCUAAUCUCAAAAAGCAUAUUAUGAGAAAACAUCCAUCAAAGAUUGAUCAGUACGAUGACAUUGUGACAGCAGCAGCACGCAGUCAACGUAAGACCACAGCCACACCAAACAAGCUCUCAUCAAGUAAGCAAGCCAAGUUACCAGAUGUGAUGUUGGCAGCUGCAAGCAAACGUGUCCCUCAAACAACUAUUGACAAGCUAAUCAUCAAUUUUAUAUGUGAAAGUGUACAGCCAUUUACAGUGGUAGAACAGCCAACUUUCAAAGAAUUAAUUACCACACUGCAACCUCAAGCCAAAGUCAUCUCCAGAUCCACCGUCCGUACCAGAAUCUGUGAUGCUGCUGAUGAAAUGAAGAAGACUUUAAUUGCAGAAUUGGCUAAAGCCAAAUUUGUUGCAACCACCACAGAUUGUUGGUCAGCUCAUCAGAAAAGUUACCUUGGUGUAACGUGCCACUGGAUUGAUGAGGAGACCUUAGAAAGAAGAUCUGCAGCACUAGCAUGCAAAAGAUUAAGGGGGUCUCACACAUUUGACGUGAUUGCUGGGGCUCUUGAUGAUGUCCAUUGUCAAUACAAGAUUAGAGACAAAGUUGUAAGGACCACAACCGAUAGUGGAUCCAACUUCCUCAAAGCUUUCCAUGUGUUUGGAAUGCAGAAAGAUGCAGAGGUAAAUGAUGAUGAAGAAGACAUGGAUGCUCUCGAUGUAAGUGACCAUAUUGAGUAUCAUGACACAAGUACAAUCCUCGAUGAAGACUCUGGUAUGGAAUAUCAACUACCCCCUCAUCAACGAUGUGCAUGUCACUUGCUCAAUCUUGUGGCAACAACUGAUGCUUCCCUUGCAGAGGCCAUGAAUGACAACUACAAGAGGCUUUUCCGUGCUACAUUUGCAAAAUGCCAGGCCAUUUGGAACAAAACUGGGCGAUCUCAUUUGGCUAGUGAAGUGGUAGAGGACAAGUGUGGGCUACAGAUCAUCCGCCCCAAUGCAACACGGUGGAAUUCCACCUGUCUUGCCACUGAAAGAAUUAUACGCAUCAUUGAUGAGAAAGGUGAAGAUUCCAUUAGGGGUGUAUGUGACGAACUCAAGGUGAAAAUGUUGAGUCCUGCAGAAGUUGCAUUCCUCCGGGAGUAUAGCAUCACUAUGAAGCCACUGAUGAAAGCUUCAAACAUCCUCCAGUCAGAAUCCAGUGUUUACAUGGGAUGGCUGCUGCCAGUAAUCCACCAGCUUCUAUCCAAACUCAACAGGCUAGAGAUAUCAAGCAAGACCUGCACACCACUCAUCAGAGCCCUGCAAAAUGGCCUGCAUAAGCGUUUUGGACAGAUGAUGGAGGAUCCAGAAUUGGCUGCUGCUGCAGUCCUCUUACCCAAGUUCAAGACCUCCUGGACUGACAGAGCAGAUGUUAUAGAAGCUGCCUUGACAUACUUGAAACAACAUCUUGAAACUUCAGAGAAUGAGGGUGAACUUCAAAGAGAGUCAUCUGAUGAUGACGAUUUCUUCUCCAGACCACUCUCCAAAAGGUCGCAAAGUCCAUUUGAGCUUGAUGGUUACCUUGCAUGUGCCUCGGACAGCAUCGACCUGCUUCACUCCUUCCCAGCCAUCAAGAAGCUGUCUCUGAAGUUAAACACAGCUCUGCCUGCCUCUGCUGCAUGUGAACGGCUUUUUAGCUGUGCUGGUCUACUUUUCACAUCCAAACGAAGCCGGAUAGACUCUGUGAACUUUGAAAAUCAGCUUCUGCUGAAACUGAACAAAAGGUUCAGAAAAUGA